AUGAGCGCCUCCGCUGGUCAUCAUCUGAACGUCUCGGCCGUGUUUUCUCCCAGAGGUGCGGCCCGUGUGUGUCAGCUGAUGCUGGGCUGCACCAUCGUCUCAUUAGUGAUCCACAGCGCCGGUUACAGCGCCACCUACGGGACCUUCUGCAUGGCGGUCUGGACGAGCUGCUUCGCCGUCAGCGCGGCCGUGCUGGUGCUGGACGUGACCCGUCUGCACGCGUGUCUCCCGGUGUCCUGGGAGAACCUGACGGUGACGUGUGCGUCUCUCGCCGCGCUGCUCACGCUCACUGCGUCUAUCCUGUAUCCCGUGUUCUUUGUGCGCGCGGAUGACUGUCCGUACAACAACUGCGAGGUCAGAAACUUCCGGAUCACGGUGAGCGUGUGCUCGUGGGCGGCGUGCGUCGCGUACGGGACGGAGGUCUUCCUGUCGCGGGCCAAACCGGGGCGCGGCAUGAGCUACUACAUGGCGACGGCGCCUGGCAUCCUGAAGGUGGCGCAGAUCUUUGUAGGAUGUGUGAUUUUCGUGAUGCUCGCCAGCGGGACUGAUUUCACGCGGCACGCAGCGACGCUGUACUGCGCGGCGGUGUUCGGCGUGUGUUUGACCGGGGCCGUGCUGCUGGUGGCGCUGGCGGUGUCGGGCCGGAGCGGGGCCCUGCGGCUGCCGUUCGAGCGGCUCGCUGUGAUCUACACGUUCGCCGCGGUGCUGCUGUAUGUGAGCGCUGCCGUGCUUUGGCCCGUCGUCUGCUUCGACGGGAAGUACGGCGCUCCGCUGCGGCCGCAGGGCUGCCCGAGGGGCAAGUGCUCAUGGGACGUGAAGCUCGCCGUCGCUGUGAUGAGCUUCAUCAACCUCGCGCUGUACAUCGCCGACCUCGUCUGUUCCCACAGGAGCCGGCCGGUGUCGCAGCGUCUGAACAUUCAUGACACGCAGACUGUCUCAUGA